UUUGUUUCUUGUCAAUACUACACACGGGCUCAAGUGAUAACGAACAUAAUUCUUCUUUACUUUGCUUAUCAGUUUUAACAAACGUUUAGCAAAAGGAACCGUAAUUUUUCACAUAAAAAUACUUCCUAAGGUUCACAGUCACAUUUCGUUUUAUUCGUUCGUUGCGGGGAAAAAUAACUGAAGCCAUGAGCCAGAUCUUGGACGAAAAUCUUGUGCAUCAAUAUGAAGAAUUGGACCCAAGUGCUAAAGAACUGAUCCAAGCCGCCAUCAAGGUUCGUAACAAUGCAUACGCAGUCUACAGUAACUUUCAAGUCGGUUCGGCCCUCCGCACCACAACUGGCGAAAUAUUCACCGGAUGUAAUGUAGAAAAUGGUGCAUAUAGUCCCAGUGUAUGCGCUGAACGAACAGCGAUAUGUAAAGCAGUAAGCGAAGGCCAUCGUGAAAUUGCUGCAAUUGCCGUGGUAGCGUACCAGGAGCAUUCGUUUACCACACCGUGUGGAGUGUGUCGACAAUUCAUUAGCGAAUUCACCACCAAAGAUAUUCCCGUUUAUGUGGCAAAACCAGCACCGGUUCGAGUUCUGGUCACUUCAAUUCGUCAAUUAUUGCCGAUGACUUUUGUGCCGGUUAUUUAGUCAAGUUUAGUCGUAUUCAUUGAUUUAAACUAUUUCUGAUUUGUGUCCCAUUAAAGUGUUUCGGGAGACACUGGUGGGACUAAUGUUUUUGUAUGUUUUUUUCGUUUGAAACGUUUGAUCUUUUAACUAUGUGUAUUGAUACAGCUUCGCCAUAUGAUGGUGCUAACCAGCUUAGAUUAAGUAUUUGUACACACGUUUCCGAGCAACGAUAUUAUUACCUGAGGUUGUAAUAAAAAUCAACAUUUUUCUGCAAAA